AUGUGCAUUGAUCUGUCAUUUAACGACUUUACAGAAACUUGUAAAAAUUUUAAGUUCAUUAAUAACUUUUUACAAGUUUCUGUAAAGGAAUCUUUCAUUAAGAAUAGAUACUCCAAAAACGUGAUCAUAGAAAGCUGGCGCGGUUUUCAAAAGAUUCCAUUGACACCACAGGGAAUAUUUCUAACUAAUGCCCUCCUCAACAGGAAUGAAAACGAAGUUCCUUCAUCUAAAUGGCGUCGUAUAUUGAUCUACGGUGUUGCUUCUGCACGUAAGGCAGAUAGUAUCCUUUUUAAUUAUGAUAAUGUUGACCAAGAGUUCUUAAUCUUUGAGAACAUCGGCCCACCAUCAAGGAUAAAGAAACCCAAGUAUUAUGCGGAUCUCCAAAGAAUGUUUAGUCAGUCAAUUACUAGAAAACAACUAGCAAUUUUUACGAUUAAUGUUGCUGGAGAUGUAUUAGAAAUAUACGCUAUGCGUAGGGAUACUGGCAUCCUCAAAUACUGUUUAUUAGAACAGGCUCCGAUUCCCUUACAUAUAGCAAUUCCUAGUGAUGUUUAUAAACUUAUUCAUUCCUUGCUGACGCUAAGGACAGCAGUUGCAUGUACGAUACACAAAAUUCUCCAUAAACUCGAAGAAGAUGAUAGCGAUUUUAGUACCGAUGAAGAAUAUGACGAUCUUAGUACCGAAGAAAUAUCAUCCAAAAAAUAUGUAGUAAAUACGAUUACCGGACUAAAUGUGUUAUUGGUUAUUUCACAUCCAGAUGAUGAAUGCAUGUUUUUUGGACCUACUUUAUUAGAAUUGGGUAAUAGGGAAUAUAAAAAUAGAAUACAUGUCUUGUGUUUAUCUGUUGGAAAUGAAUCUGGACUUGGAAAAAUUCGAAAGAAAGAGCUUGAAGCUAGUUGUACUUCUUUAGGAAUUGAUGUCAAAUUUGUCAAAUGGUUGGAUCAUCGUGAAUUGCAAGAUGGCCCUAAAAAUGUUUGGAAUCCUGAAUUAAUCUCUUCUAUCAUUGAAGAGUACGUUGAAAAAAACGGAAUUGAUGUGAUAAUUACUUUCGAUAAUAAAGGAAUUUCAGGACAUCCAAAUCAUUCAGCUGCGUAUAAUGGUGCUAGAAAUUAUGUAUUAUCAAAAAUCACGUCUAAAUCUAAAUCUUCAAAACCCGGAUCUUCAAAAUCCAAAUUAUUACGACUAUACAAGCUUAAAACUGUCAACAUCAUAAGAAAAUAUAUUUCUAUUCUUGAUCUUUUACCAACAUAUUUUAUUCAUAAUUAUAUUAAUAUUAUGUCAUUAUUUUCGGAAAAGACCCCUUACGAACAAAAUCUUCAUGAUAAAAAUAAGCAAAAAAAUCAAGAGGUAAUUGAAAAGGAAGAAAAAUUAAUUAAUCUUCCUGAUUCUCUUAUCUUUGUGGCUACAUUACAACAAUAUAUUCGAUCAAGAAAAUCUAUGAAAUUACACAAAUCUCAAUUAGUUUGGUUUAGGUAUUUGUAUAUUUUAGCGUCCAGAUAUAUGGUUAUCAAUCAAUUAGAAUUGGUAGAAUCAUGA